UAAAAAAAUAUUUCAUCAAACCCUUCAAAUCGCAUCUCUCUUUCUCAAUCUCUCCCAAAUCGGCAGCACCCACCUCACCGCCACGACCACCGGCUGUUCAGCCUCCUUCCUCGCUCCUUCCGUCCUGACUCGCCGACCACCUCCUUCAACUCAACCUGGCAGUACAACAUUUGGUUUUACAUCUUGAGGCCAAGGUAUAUUUUGCUAGUAACCUUGUAGAUUCAGCUUCUUCUUCGGUGUUGUAAAGAUGGUGGAGACACUUUUUGAAGAUAUAUUUCGAAUUGAUGCAAUAGAUCCGGAUGGAAAAAAGUUUGAUAGGGUCUCUCGUAUUUCUGCUAGGAGUGAGCAGUUUGAUAUGCUGAUGCACCUUGAUGUCAACACUGAGAUUUAUCCGAUGCGUGCUGGGGAAAAGUUCAUGAUGGUAUUAGCGUCCACUUUGAACUUGGACGGAACUCCCGAUUCUGGUUAUUACACUCCGGGUAACAAGAAGUCGCUUGCUGAUAAGUUCGACUAUGUCAUGCAAGGUAAACUGUACAGAAUCUCUGAGGAAUCUAGCGAGAAGCAAGUCAAAGCGGAUAUAUACGUGUCAUUCGGUGGACUCCUAAUGAUGCUCAAGGGGGAUCCUUCCAUUGCUGCAAGAUUUGAGCUUGACCAGAGGCUGUUUAUUCUGAUUAGGAAGGUUUGAGUUUGAGAUGUUACUAGGCAAAGAAAAUGCCUCACCUUUCGUACUAUGCUAUUGGCUAACAUGUUCCUUGCAUUUGAAUGACUGAUAAUAUAUUGACAUAACUUGUCGACUACUUGUUUCAUAGAAAUGGUGGAGUACUCUCUCUCACACACUCAUUUUUUUAA